AUGUACUCUUUUGAUACCGACGAAACCUUGAGCGUCUUUGGGCUGCCAACUGAAGCGACCAGUUCGAUAACAUACGUCAACUGGGCCCACGUUCCGGAGUGGAUCAAGGAAGUACUGGAUGAUAGUUGGUGCGUGACGGAUGGGCGCGUCGGUGUGGGGGAGGCGAAUGCGCACACGCUUUGGUAUCUCAACCGUCAAGGCUGUUCCUCGCCGAGACUGAGGAUCACGGUCUACGUCCAGUCACCGAUGGAUGCCAACGGGGUCUUGGACAUGGCUGCUGCCAGACAAGCAACACGUCGGUGUCUUGCAAGUAUUAUCCAAAGCACCGACGCCCCUCUCCAGUUCGUAUGGACAUGCGCAGAGCUUGACGAGUUCGGCGAGUAUUCCGUGCGGUAUACACGUGGUGGCAGAUGUAUCGUUGUUGCUGCAGGUCAAACCGUUGUCGAGAUAUGGAACAGGGAUAACUCGAUGGCGGUGGAGAGUUUCGAGGAUUGCGCUCGCAAACUCCUGGAACAUACCAUUCGCAGGGAAUCGGAUGGUCUACCCCUUACUGCCCCUAUCAUCAAACGUGGUCCACUCGCUACCGGAAGUCAUGACGAGCAUCCGAGCAAAAUCGUGGUCCAAAACGAUGGCCGAUUUUCGCUCGACUUUGAGCUAGAUAAGCCCAUCGCUGCUGCCAAUGCUACUACCGAAGGAUACGGUUAUAUGUUUGAGAGGUAUGUUCAGGAGGUUACAGAAGAUUUAGUCACUGUCAAGCUCAUAAUGGUGGCACGAUACGCUGGGAGUCAUGUGGUGACAGUGCACUUCGCAGAUUCGGAGACGAUGAUAUCGCGAUCGCAAAAGUUUGAGAUUGAGGUUGAGAUUGUUGAAUGA